AUGUCACUUACUGCGUUAGCACGACUUAAAAAACGUAGAUUAUUAGUCCGUUCUCUAAAAAAAUGGAUUCCAAAACUUCGCAAACACACUUAUAUAUCGGAAAAUGCCCUUCUUCCUGGUCAGGUUAAUACAUAUUAUAGUUGGUCACAAGUAAAUGAUGCCACGAUUUAUAAAGAUCGCAUCGAAUCAAUGGCAAAUUUAUCAAAUAUAGAAAAAGUCAAUUACAUAGAAGAAGAGUUAAGAAAGGCUGGAUUAAAAACAGCUACACAAAAUUUUUCUGUAAUAUCCUCAGGAAAGGUUAUAUCCGGAAUUAAUGUAUUUGGAGUAUUGAACUCUCCUCGUACUGAUGGCACUGAAGCGUUAGUUCUUAGCGCACCAUGGAAAUCUAAAGAUGGCGUAACUACCAAUGUUAAUGGAAUAGCCGCUGCUUUAUCAAUAGGCAAAUUCUUUAAGAGUACAGAUUAUACUUAUUGGUCAAAGGAUAUCAUCAUUUUGAUAACAGAUGGGGGUGCGGCUGGUGUACAGGCUUGGUUAGAGUCGUAUCAUGAUCAUAGACAAUCAGGUAUCGAGGCAUCUCCUUUAUUUUUACGGUCAGGUGCAAUACAAGCUGCCAUAAAUUUGGAUUUUCCAGGAACUAGUAGUUAUAAAGCACUGGGAUUGUUUUUUGAAGGCCUCAAUGGACAACUUCCUAAUUUAGAUUUGAUCAAUACAGCCAUACGAGUGUGUUGUGUGUCAAAUAACAUUCCCAUAAUGAUUCAUGAUUCUGGACACUAUUAUACACAUUAUGACUCUGGUGAUUACCGAUCUUCUUUCUAUAAUUUAAUAAAAUCUAUGAAAUAUCAGGCUCUAGGACAUCCAACUGGGAGUCAUGGCUUGUUUUUUAGAUAUAAGAUUGAUGCAAUUACUUUGUAUGGUCAAGUUGAUGCAGCAAAUGGAAAUUCUUAUAGUUUCUUGGAAAUUGGAUCGUACGUUUAUAGUCAUUUUACUAUUUAUUUUGAAUUGUGGGGAACCACUAGUGAUGAUGCAACAAAUUUAAUAUCAAGUAGUGAUAAUGCUCAAUCGUCUAGUUCCGAUAGUGUAUCCGCACCCCUAGCAUAUCUGAGGCGUCCGAGAGAAAUUUUAAUGCCAGUAACCACAUUGGUUGCAUCUCAUUUCACCGGAAUCGUCAUUUUCUUUACCACAAAAAAUCACUUUAAACUUUCUCAGAUAUCGAGCAUUUUUGGAAUCGAUGGAUAUUUAUUUACCUUGGCAAUGACCAUAAACAUAUCAACAAUAGCUACAGUAGGUUUAAUAAAAGCCUUCCAGAAUCGAGCUCAUAAAAUAAAAUCCAAGCACCAUAAUCAAUUGUCACCAUCACCAGAUUGGAUAAUUCUUAAAUCAUUUACAUUAGCUUUUACGGCAAUGAUAAUAUCGUGUUUAUCAGUAUUAAAUUUUAGUUUGGCAGUAUUUAUAUCAAUAAUAGUUGUAAUACCAUUUUCAUUAUUUCAACCAAGUACUCAUGAAAUAAUAAGAUAUUUAGAAUUAAUAGUAUUAGUUCUUAUUUCACCACCAGGAAUAUUAAUUAUUUCAAAAACCAAUAUAGAAGAAUUUCUUAG